AUGCGACUAGAACAAAGUUGCUGCACCAUCACCCACCCUCCGCCUAACACUAUCACCAAACCACCCACCACCUACGUCACCGUCACCAUCAAGAAUUCUACCUACCUCCCGCCACCACGAAGAACCACUCCUAACGGGCGACUAAAACAUGAUACCACAACCCUUCUCUAUCAACUAACAACCUCCAACAUCAUUUACCUAGUUGACGGUCCGAAACAAUUUUGCACAUACAACAAAUCAAAACGUUUAGAAUUUGCUUGUGUCCAAAGGUAUGCUAUAAAUGAAGCUGAGGAUUUGUUCAAAGAGGCUAGGACGAUAUUGGAAAAAGAGUAUGGUCCUUAUCAUCCAGAUACCUUAGGAGUUUAUUGCAAUCUUGUCAGAACCUAUGAUGCAAUGGGAAGAGUGGAUGAUGCCAUUGAAAUGUUGGAAUAUGUAGUUGGAAUGAGAGAAGAGAAUCUAGGAACAGCAAACCCUGAUGUCGACGAUGAAAAAUGCAGGUUGGCCGAGUUGUUAAAAGAAGCAGGAAGAUCAAGAAACAGGAAAUCAAAAAGAUCGUUGGAAACUCUUCUUGAUUCAAACUCUCAAAUUAUAAAAGACAAUUGCACAUCAAUAAAUGUUUUUAAUUUGUAUGGUAAUUUGAAAUGUUUUGAUUCAUUGUGUAUGUAA